AUGGCGCUCGCUCCAAGCUCGCCACGGCUCCCGAGCCCCCCUCCUCCGGCCGAGAUACAGAUAACCCCCAACUCUCCGUCUGGCGGCCCAGCAGUCCAUCCUCACACUACGCUGAUGGAACAGAACCUGGUCGAUUCGAAUUCCAGGAGGCGCAUACACCCGGGUACCAAGGCAUACGAGAUGGCAGCAGGGCCUCCACUGGUACCUCUGAGCGAGCUACAGGAGCACCUCUCAGCUCUCCACUACCACCACACGGACCGUGGCACCAAGCCCAUCGACCGCGACACGGCCAUGCAGCUGGCCCACCCUCCCGCGGGCAUCGACCGCACCCUGUGGCUGUAUGAGCUGUGCCGAUUUCUCAUCUCGCAGUGUAACACGCUCAUCGUUGGCUUCCUGUUCGAUGCCCCCCCUUGCAGCGCGAGCACAUGUCCUGAGAUGCGCGCGUCCGAGUGGCAGUUUCUGUGUGCCGUGCACGAGCAGCCCAAGAGCUGCUGCGCCAUAGACUACUGCUGCCACACGCUCGACUGGGCCGCCAAUGUCGUCACGGAUCAGAAGCUCUUCCCCAGCCGCUUUGUCGCUCUCGACUCUUCGUCAGCAGCCCACAGCACUACCGGCACCAGCAGUAAGAACGCCAGCGUCAAGAGCCUCGUCAACGUCUUCCGUCGUCUCCACCGCAUCUUUGCCCACGCCUGGUUCCAGCACCGCAAAGUCUUUUGGUCCGUGGAGUCCCAGUCGGGCCUGUACGUCUUCUUCAAGAUGGUCUGCGACCUAUACGAGCUCCUCCCCGCUGAAAACUACAAACUGCCUCCUGAGGCGGAGGGCAUCGAGGAACCGCAGCAGCGGCAGCAGCAGACCCAGCCUGACGCCUACAGCUCCCGUCCCACACCUACCAUUCUCAAGCCCCCCAGCCAGCAGAAUGACACGGCGGGUCAAGACGAAAACGACAGCAUGCAUCCCCGCUCCGCAGCAAACACAAACACAAAGCGCCACAUCCGCAGCAGCCCAUCCACCGGCAGCGCCGUCACAACUGUCAUAGAGGCAGAGGAGGAAGAGACAGACGGCGUAACCCAGCGCGUCCGCGAGCUGCGCAUCACGGCACCCAAUGAAGAGGAAGAAGAGGAAGAAGGGGGUCCCGAGGUCGCAGAGGUGCCCAUGAUGGUGGAGGAGGACAGCAGCAACGAAAACAACAGCAGUAGCAGCACCACGACUGCCCUGGCCCCCGAGUCUUCCACUCAGGCUCCUUCCCCGCCUGCCGAGGAUAACAAUGUCAACGACGCACAUGGCGAUGCCGAGACCGAUGCCGAGACCGAGACCGUUGUUGCUGCUUCGGAGUCUGAGGAAGAAGAAGAAGAAGAUUCCAGCAAGGCUGAGACUGAAGAAGCUGCGGCAUCAACAUUUCCAGAAUCGAAAGAGACACCCAGCCAGGAAAAGGGGGAUGAGAAAGACGGUGACAAGGACUCGACCGCAGUGUCAUUACCCGAAUCAUCGACGACAGUCAAGCUCGAUGCCGAUACUGAUGAGUCUGCGUCGAAAUUGGCAGAUGCUACGGAUGAGACUACGGAUAAGAGUGAUGGUUAA